AUGACGGAGGGAGGAGCUCUGCUGCUGCUGCUCCUGAUCAGCGUCUGGGAAACGUCGGCGCCGGCAGAAGCAGCGACCGCCCUGCACCAGGUCCGGACCGGCACCUGCGAGGUGGUGGCGCUGCACCGCUGCUGCAACAAGAACAAGAUCGAGGAGCGCUCGCAGACCGUCAAGUGCUCCUGCUUCCCGGGCCAGGUGGCCGGAACCACCAGGGCCGCCCCGUCCUGCGUGGAUGCCUCCAUCGUGGAGCAGAAGUGGUGGUGUCAGAUGCAUCCCUGCCUGGACGGCGAGGAGUGCAAGGUGCUUCCCGACCUGAAGGGCUGGAGCUGCGCGACGGGGAACAAGAUCAAAACCACCAAGAUUUCUGCCGACAGAGACCAGCUGUGGUAACGCCGCCGCCUCGCCGCCGCCUCGCCGCCGAGUCCAGGUUCGGUUCUGGACUCGCGGAUCUUUCCAGAGGACCUUUCCUGUAAAUAGAGACAUCUGUUCUUCUGGACAAAGUUAAUCUUUGGGAAGCUGAAGGCUUCUUCUGGAACUCUGUGGAC